UGCCGAUUGCUCAUUCUGUAUAGUAACACCAUGCAUCUUUUUGAAAGUAGUUUUAAGGACGAGGGUUUACUGAACUGGAGUCAGGUCUUUCUAAUGUAACUAGAAGAAUCUGACUGAUGGGGGUAACUUGUUUUUUCUUCUUCCCUGCUUCCUCAGAAUGACUGCCUUUUGCGUGAUGAAGCUUUUAUGUCAAGCAACCAGAAAUGAGAAUAGAUACGCAAAAAGAUUCUUCGGUACUCUUCUGACACAAACCCCACAAAAGAGGGUCUUUUCUCCAUUCUGGAUGGUGGUACCUGACCCUAGAAAGUCAACUGCAUUUGGACUUACUCAACCAUUGUGUACAGCUGAAAAAUCUCACAUGAAACCAAAAAGGAAAGCAGCAUUUGGAAGUGUUGGGCGAAGAAUUCCGUAUCGGAUUUUGCACGUAAUCAACCAGGAUGGAGAGAGCUUAGGAAACAUGCACCGAGCAGAGGCACUCAAACUUAUGGAUCAACAUGACCUGAAACUAGUUCUCCUUCGUGAGAAUGCAGAACCUCCUGUAUACAGACUAAUGACCGGGCAGCAGAUUCAUGAAGAACAGCUUAAACGUGCAGAGAAGAAAAAAGCAAAUCCAAAAGCAGCUAUUGCCAAGAACGACUUAGAGACCAAGACUAAACAGAUAGCACAGUGGAUUGAAAAGAAAUACCAUGUUAAAGUUACCAUCCGGCAAGCAAAAGAUAGCAAUACAGACAUGUUCACGCUUUUUGAUCAGAUUUUAGAGACUGUGUCUGAGAAAGCCACUUACCUUUCCAAGCCAAAAGUUACUAGAGAAGGAGUGAGUACCUGUAUUUUGAGACACAUGUCUGACAAAGAGUUAAAAGCAUACCAGAAGAUGGAAAAACAGAAAAACAGUACAGUAACGAAAGAUGAGAAUGAAGAUCAGAAGUCAAAUGAGUUGCAUCAGUGACUUUAUGAAGAGGCGUAAACAAUAUUAAUUUCUUAUUUAAAAAAAAAUUAUAAACUUAAUAAAGUUAUUGUUGAGCUU